GCACAGUACCAAAGGCAUGGUUGGCAGAGGGCCGGAGGUGGAGUUCAAGACCCGAACGGAGCUGCCUCCUGGUGUCAGUCCGCGCGAGCUCGCCGCAGGAGAGUUUGCCAAACUCGUGGAUGUCGCCAAGCAGAAGUUUGCCCGUGGUGACCUGUUCGAGGCCGUGCUCUCUCAGACUUUCCGGGAGCCUUGUAAGGCCAAGCCCAGCGAAGUCUUCAAAUGCCUGCAGAAGCGGAAUCCCUGUCCGUAUGGCUUCAUCAUGAACCUAGGUGACGACGAAUUCUUGGUAGGGGCAUCUCCGGAGAUGUUCGUCAGAGUUGAGCAGAGUCUCCAAGGAAUGAGGGUGGAAACCUGCCCCAUCAGCGGCACCAUCAAGCGCGGAAAGAAUGCUUUAGAGGAUGCGGAACACAUCAAGAAGAUCCUCGCGGAUCCGAAGGAGGAGUCCGAAAUCACCAUGUGCACGGAUGUAGACCGCAACGACAAGUCCCGGAUAUGUGAGCAUGGCACAGUGCAGGUCAUCGGAAGGCGGCAGAUCGAGCUGUACAGCCGGCUCAUCCACACCGUGGACCAUGUGGAAGGCUAUCUCCGGCCCGAGUUUGAUGCUAUCGAUGCUUUUCUGGUGCACACCUGGGUAUCCGGCCCCGGAAGGGCCUUGCAGAUCAUGGUGCAUCAUGCCGUGUGUAAUGUUGGGGCGUUAGCAAUAAGAGUAGGCUUUUGA